GAGGAGAUGCCAUGAGGGCGGCUCGUUGGGCACGCCGGCAAGCAAGCACCGGGGGAGGAGCGGGGGGCUCACUUCGCCCUCCCUCCUCUGCUUCCUUCGCCGAGGGUAACUCGGGGACCGCCUGCCCGCCCCAUGCGGGCGCCUCUCCCGCCUCCUGCUGGGCCUUGGGCGGCGUGUGCGGGUUCCUUUAAAUGGCUUCAGCCAGAGCUGCCGCUGCCGCUGCUGCCUGCUCAGUCUCGGCUGUGAUGUAAGAAGAGACUUUAGGUGUCUGCGCCGAUCGCCUGACUUCCUCCAGCCCUUCUCCUCGGCUGCCGCUUUCCCUCGCCGUCCUUGGCUGCCCCGCUGCUGGGUGGAGGUGCUGAGCAGCCUCCGCAAGCCGGUCCCGACCUUCUUUCCCUGCCGAGCUCCGGCGGCUGCUGCAGGCGCCCUUGGCCAGGGCAAAGCGCGCGGCUCCUCUCUGCGCUCAGCCUUGGGGCGCGCAGGCAUGGAGAAGAAGGAGGAGGAGUGCAGGGUGCUCUCGAUCCAGAGCCAUGUCGUGCGCGGCUACGUGGGCAACAGGGCGGCUGCCUUCCCCCUGCAGGUUUUGGGGUUUGAAAUUGAUUCUGUGAACUCUGUCCAGUUUUCAAAUCACACAGGUUAUGACCACUGGAAGGGACAGGUGCUAAAUUCAGAUGAGCUUCAUGAACUAUAUGAGGGAUUGAAGCUGAACAAUGUCAAUAAGUAUGACUACGUACUUACAGGCUACACAAGAGACAAAUCAUUUCUUGAAAUGGUGGUUGAUAUUGUCAAAGAGCUAAAGCAACAGAACUCCAAACUGGUGUAUGUGUGUGAUCCUGUGAUGGGUGACACGAAGGAUGGAGAAGGCUAUAUGUAUGUUCCAACAGAUCUCCUUCCAGUUUACAGAGACAAGGUUGUGCCUGUAGCAGAUAUAAUAACACCUAAUCAAGUUGAGGCUGAGUUACUCACUGGUAGAAAGAUACGGACUGAAAAAGAUGCUAUAGAGGUAAUGGAUAUACUCCAUAAUAUGGGACCAGAGACUGUAGUAAUCACCAGCUCAGACCUUCAGUCACCUUCAGGAAAUGAUUACCUGAUAGCAUUAGGAAGCCACAGGAGAACUACAGCAAACGGCACUACAGUGACGCAGAGAAUCCGAAUGGAGUCUCCUAAGGUAGAUGCUACCUUUGUUGGAACAGGGGACCUGUUUGCUGCCAUGCUCCUGGCCUGGACACACAAACAUCCAGACAACCUUAAGGUGGCUUGUGAAAAGACAGUAUCAGCCAUGCAGCAUGUUUUGCAGAGGACCAUCAAGAGUGCAAAAGAACAAGCUGGAGAAGGAAACAGGCCUAAUUCAGCCCAGCUGGAACUGAGGAUGGUCCAAAGCAAAAAGGACAUAGAAAAUCCAGAGAUAAUAAUAACUGCUACUGUGUUAUAAAGGUUGUGUAUCUCCUAACAACGCACAAUGUUAUUGAUGUCCUCAUUUUCUUUCCUGUAAAUUGUAAUGUUUGCCUUAGAUCUGUGACAGAAACCUGACUUCCAUGAAAUAUUGCCCAGCAUAGAUGAGAUCCACUACCAAGCACAUGUGCUGGCCUUGCUUGGAUUAAGAAGGAAAAAAAUAAGUUAGGUGUAUUAUAACUCUCUCCCAGGUCUCAAAAUGGCUGUCAGAUUACUUCAGUCAUGUUAUGAACCCUGGACAUGGGAGAACAAGGUUUCCUGCCUUGCCAAAGACUUUCAGACUGCAUUUGUCAGUGGAAUGACUGGCUGGAGUAUAUAUACUGUGGUAAAGUAUCAGGUGCCAACUCGGUUAUCUUUUCCCUUACGCGAAGAGGUUUGGUAGCACACUGCAAUGUUCAGUACCUCAACCACUCUGGAAUACAAUGUAGAGGAGAUUCAGGGGAAGGACAGGGCAGGGUCUGAAGACAAUUUGCUUUUAGCUACUUUGCAUAGGCCUUAUUUUUACACCACCAUAUUUCCAAGAUCUGCUUCCAUUUCUGUUCUGUGAAUAAAUGCAAGACUCCACUGCCCAGAGGUGCUAAUCCUUUAAUCUCAAACAACCAAAAGUAUCCCAUGUCACUUUUUUGUCGCACCCCCCCCCUUUUGAUUUCUCCAGAAAGAAAUGCAGCUGAGAAAAGGAAAUGAUUCUACCUCUGACAGAAUGUUGCUUGUUUCCAUUUUAUCAAAAGACCUGUAAACUGUAAAUUUCCUUAACUAGUACUUACUAUAACACAUAAAUAUUCCAGUAUAUCUGUUAAGAUUAUGAGAUGAGUGAAAGUCGAUUGUUAAGACCAAUUUACUGUUUAUGAUCAUAGAUGAAGACGAACCCCUUGUGUUCUCUUGCAUCAUUCAGACAGUAUAAUAAAAAAAGAACCAUAUAAUCAGUCGGUCCCACCAAAGGCACAAUACAUUAAACAUUACUGUUGCACAAUCUACAUGCAUUUUCAAGAACAGUUGAGCAGGAAUCCCAUGCAAAUUACUAGAAAUUAAUGUUGGAUAUGCCACAGUUUUGAGGAAUUGCAUCCAAAGUUAUCAGCCAUCCCUGAGUAGAUCAAUUAUCGAGAUAUAACAUAUCUCUCUCUGUGGAUUUUAAACACUUACUUAUAAAAUGUCACUCUUUAAAAAGUUAAUCAAUGCACUUCUGUAAAGAUUAAACAUGCUCCGAAUAAAAAGCCUUGGACUUUAUAAUGUGCAAUAAUCCCUUUAAAGUUAUCAAAAUAGCAUCCAUGCCUUUUAGUUGCCAAUAGUUUCUCUCAGGACUCUGCAUGUUCUAUUUAGAAAUUCAAUCCUGAUAUUCCUAGCUUCCCAUUCUGACUGUAUUUUUCAUGAACUGUUAUGGACAAAUUGAUUUUUAUGUUAUUCCUCUUGACUUGUUUCUUGGGGUGUAACAGGGUAUCAAAGGAAUCCAUGCUUGGAGUGCAUAGCACUCUAAAACAUGUGUAAACAAUGUUCUUCCUUGACACGGAAGCCAGACUUCCUUAUCAUUCUUUUUCUGUUAGAAUGUUUUAAAAUAAGAUUCCUGCCAAUGUGUAAUUCUGCCAUUAAAUGUUUAUUACUUGUUUAUUUAGAAAAUGUAUGUGCCAUAUCUCCAGAGACCUGCUCGAGUCAGAUGGAGGCUAUUUGUAGGCCUUGAAGCACCUUUGUAUGUCUCCUGUACAUCCUCUUAAAAUGUUGACACUUCCAGUUUUCCCUUAUUAAAAUCCUCAAGUUUCCUAUCCUCACAAUUUAAGAACUAAGUUUGAUAGUUAACCCUCUCAGUAUAACCCUCACCAUCAAACAAUUCCUCCAGCUGUAUCAGAGCAAUGUAAUGCCUGCUGAGAUUUUUUAAUACAGAAAAAAACAUUUCUCACAGAAUGUUUAGCCACAGGUUAACAUAAAAGCAGCUUAUAGUUAUGUGUGCAGGACUGUUAGUCUAGAAUUGCCUGAUAGAUAUUUUGAAUGACUGCAUCCCUUGUGUGCCUUCCUGCUAUCUUAUUCCUGGCCACCUCUACCCAGUUUUGAAGCUGAUUUGACUUCUACAAUUUUUUUAGCAUAAUUUAUUCAUCCAGUUAAAGGAGGUGGCUUCAUCAUAGCACAGAUCUAAGAGGAGAGGAGACAUAGUUGGUUCUCUUCCCUUUGGGGAGUCCUGGUUUCUGAUUGUGUUAGAGCUCAUGAAACGGUAAAGUACAGGAGACUUGUAUGGUAUCUCCCCAUUCUUCCAUGUAGCAUUUGAAUAAACCAGCUACCCUAGGUAAUAACACCUGGGCUUCUUAUAAUAGGACCAGGAAGGUAAAUAUAUAUUUUACACAUAUUCCCAUAUUACUUUGAACUAACUCUACCUUUGCAAUAUGCCAUUAGAAUUGGCAUUUACAGCUGAUUUCCUCUGUCUUCCUGUCAGCAGAUGUGAGGUAAACUAUAGACAGAUUUUUAGCAAAUCAGAGAGAAAUAUCUUUAAAAUAUAUCUUUAAAAAGCUGCUUUCCUCUGUCUUCCCAUCAGCUGGUCUGAGGUAAGCUACAGACAGAUUUUUAGCAAAUCAGAGAAAAUAUCUUUAAAAUAUAUCUUUAAAUAUAUAUGAUAAAAACACUCUCUACCUUUUCCCACUGAGUGAUUAAUGUCUGUAAUUUCUGGCAUACUCUGACGAUUAAAAUCAUCCUUUUCAUUAACAUACAUUUAAGUACCAAACUUUACUGCUACUACCUAACUGUCACUACUGCCAUGAAGUAAUUUUUUAGCAAUAAGAACAUGGGUGGCAUAGUACCCACCUGUUCUGUGAGAUUCCAGCCCUUUUCAUGCUGAGAGAGCCAAGCAAAGUUUUCUCAUGGAGAUGUGACAUACACUGCCAUAACCGCAUAUCCAACUAAUUCUUGUAGCUUAGAGGUAUGUCACUAUUAAGCAAAAAAAAAAAAAAUCAUCAUGAGAUCCAUUACAUCACUGAAAGAUUUCUGCUUGCAAAAUGGGGCUUUCCCACAUCAUUCCUGCUGCACCCUCCGAAAAUUCUGCAUGGUCAGAGGGAUUUCCAGGAAUGUCUUGGAGAGGUGCCAUUGGAAAAUGAAAUCUGUUAGAAUUGCGGGCCCCACCCCACAUAAAAGAAAGUGCCUUCUGCUUGCACAAGCAGGGGUUUAAAUACAACCCUCAGUUAAGAAACAGAUUUAAUUUUUCAGUCAACCGAUCAGCAUAACCACUCUUGCUGAUUAUUGAAUGUCAGUGCUGAAUAUUCCAGUGAUAAAGAACUUUAUUUCACUUAUGGCAUGCCAAACUGACAUUUCCAGUGAUCUGUGAAGACUUGGAAACUAAAAUGAUUCAACCUUGUGGUUGGCUGGAUCUAGACCGCAUGUCAACCUAGCUCCUUGGUACACCAUGGAGCUGCAGAUAAUGAAGUAGGAGCUCAGAUGACUAGAGAGAGUUUGGCAAAGUACUCAUGGCAAAGCUGCAAGAGCAUCUUACAGGACAUCUAUAAAAUCCUAUGAGGUAGCAGUGAAGGGCUCUAAAAAAUUUUUUUGGAUAGCUUCCAUUGCAUCAACAAGUUCAUGCCCAGGACAAUUAUUUAGGGUAAUUAGGUCCCUUAUAUCCCUCUCAGAGGGGUCUCAAAAUAUUAAUGAUUCAGCAGCCAGCUGUGAGGCAUUUGCAAGCUAUUCCACAAAGUCCUAUUGCUCUGUCAAGACCUUCUCGCCAAUGAACGAACUGGAUGCCCCUUGGCCAUCUUCAGGUCCUAUCUGGGACAAUUUCAGCUGGCUCCUGGGCUGAUAUUGACAGAGUUUUGGCUGCUGUGAGGCCCACCACUUGCUUCUUAGCUCCAUGCCCAUUAUGGCUGGUUGAGGCCAGUAGUGAUGGAGUACAGGAUCCCUUGGUAGACAUUUCCCAGAAAAGCCCUUAAGCUAACUAGUUGCCCAAAGCAAACAAGUUUCAGAUCUUUAAAAAAAACACAAGGAAAAUUCUGUUUCUAAAAAUGGAAGAGACCAUUGUCAUUACAAGUCCAGUACUGAGGACUGAUAUCCAUCACUACUGUAGAAUCUGAAUCAACGGCCUCUUCUGCACAUGCAGAAUAAUGCACUUUCAAUCCACUUUCACAAUUGUUUGAAAGUGGAUUUUGCUGUUCCACACAGUAAAAUCCAGCUGCAAAGUGCAUUGAGAGUGGAUUGAAAGUGCAUUAUCCUGCAUGUGCAGAAGGGGCCCACGUUUUAAGACAGAACUAUGCUUUUGACUUCAAAGAGUACAACUCUGUUUAGAAUGGCACCAUAAAGGGAGAAUCAUUAAGGAAUACCUUCUUUAUUGUAGAUUUUGUUACUGCUUUGGUUUUGAAGGCAUUUUCUCUGAUACACUUUGUGCUGCACUUAAAUCUGAAUAUUUUAGGAACAUAUAUAAGCAAUACUCUGCAUGAAUUUAGCACAAUCCUGUCAGACUAAUACACACAAGGUUUCAAAUGAUUCUGGGAAGUAGAAACAAGCAUUUAACGUUUAUUAAGCGUUUAUUUCCCUGCCAACUUCACAUUUCAACAUGUUAGUUUAAAGGAACAAGCAUCUCGUAGGGGCCGUGUCCCAUUUACAGACCUAUCUAUAGGGUAGCCUUAGGCUCAAAGAUUUGCAGUCCAUCAAGUUUACCAGAAAGACUUAUACUUCAGAGUACCAACCCCCUCCAAGGUGCCACUACAGUCCUCAUGAUCGCCAAUUCAAGUCUGUGUCUUCUGCCCCAGUGUGUGAAUAUCUGUGCUUUUGCAGAGGAUAGAUGCAGUGGUGGAGAAAAAAGAAAAUAUGGCCAUGUCAGAGUCUGCAGAUAUUUGUACUUCAAAAAACAGUGAGAUGGAUGUCUUUAGAGAGAUUCCACCUAAACAUUUGGAAGAACUUUCUGACUGUCAGGGCUGUUCGACAGUGGAAUUUCCUGCCUUGGAGAAUGGUGGAGUCUCCUUCUUUGGAGGUUUUUAAAUAGAUGAUCAUAUGUCAGGAGUGCUUUGAUUGUGUGUUCCUCCAUGGCAGGGGGUUGGACUUGAUGGCCCUUGUUCUCUCUUCCAACUCUGAUUCUAAGGUUCUGAGUGAAAGAUAAGAUUUUAUUGUAGUGAAUCUUUGUUUACCACAAGCCUCUUGAAUUGUUUUCUGGAGAACCAAACAAAUCUUAGGAUAUAGCCUACUUCUUUCCACUGACCCCACAAGAACAAGAGAGACCCAGCCUGGCUAGGAUUGGGCUCAAAAUAAUGCUGAUUCAUUAAACAAAUUAGUACAGGCAUAAACAACUUGGCCAAUAGGACUAAGCAAAUACUGCAAUAGUUUGUCUGAACAAAAUGGAAAGCUGGCAUUGUCAUAUAGUGUAGCUCAUUUAUGUUUAAUACAUUUUGUAAAGAUUCUCACAAUGUUCCCUUUGCAGCUGUAUUGAUUAUUUUAUUUCCUCAUGGAGCAUAAGGGGCGAAUGUCACAUGCAAAUGCAUGCAACAGGGUCUGAAUCCUAUUCUUAAAAAAAAAGCUUCCGAAAGGGGUGUUUUGAGCAGGGCAGGAAAAUGAUUAAACACCAUCAGCUACUUUACCACUCAAAAUUUCCCCCCUGCCGAAAGCUGUUUUUCUUUAAAAAUAAAUAAAUGAGCAUCAGGCAAUCGUUACAUGCAUUUACACAGGACAUUUAGUUAGCCCAUCAGCAGGACCAAAACUCAUGUAAAAUGAAAUAUCUUCUGAGCUUGAAUCCAGCUUUAUUGUCCCCAUAAUUCUUUCUACUAUUCUUGAGCAUAAAGACAUAUGAUACAAGCAAAUAGAAACUGUCAUGUGUGGAAACUUAAUCACUCCUGCUUUUAACAUGCUUUUACCAAUUCUAUAUUAAAUAUUGAUUUAUGUUUUAGUUAUUUGCCAGAUUGCAUUAAAAUACCAGAAAUCUGUAAUCAGCGCAAUAUAACAAAAUGAAGAGGACCAAGAUUUCUAGCUAAAGAUACUGCCUUGUUAAGAGUAAACUUAUAUGUAUCCUGAUUGGAUAGUGUUAAUUCAUUGUUUGUCUGGUCUGUUGCAGUGAUUGUAAAAGUCUCCUAAUUUGCAAUAUGUGGCGAGAAAGAUUGUAAUAAAAUAUCUAUGUUUAAUAAUACUGUGCAUAACUAUUGUUAAAUCCUAUUUUGAAUAUGUUUGGCCAGUUCAGAACUAAACUAAACAAGAUCAGUUUGAUAGUGUUGAUAAAUCGGGUACUUUUAUUUAAGUUUUAUUGCUAUUGGAAACGAACACUUAUUGUUGGAGGGACACACAUGCAAAUAUCUAAACGAAACUAUGGUAUUACCAAGGGAAGCAUUGACAGAGCCCAUGCAGACGAACCAAACUAUCCCAGGGGCACACUGAGCCCUGUGCACACAUUUUCUUGUGCAUAUUUUUGCUGUGUAACGAAGAACAGGAUCCUGUGCCAGAAAGAAGUGGCUCUGAUGCCAGUCUUGGAGUCUAUGCAUGAACGUUUGUAUGUACAUAUGGCUUCAUGCAAAUAUUCUAUCAAAUGUGCAGUAGAGUAAUUCCCAUUGCCUCCUUUGCAUUACUAAACGUUUGCCCAGGGCUUUGGUCUUCUGUGUUCGCAUAAGUGAACAUUUUAGCACACAUCAAGUAUAUGAUAAAAUGUGUGGAAAAGCGUGACAAAAUAUUAGUGUCAAGAUUCAUAGGUUUCUAAAGAAAUGUUAAGAAGUUAUACUGCAGUUAAUGACAAUGGUAGCUGACAAAUAAGAGAUUCUACCCAGACUAAUUUGUGACAGGUUUAAUUCCUCCAUUUGUGGGAGAUCUUUAUUUCAUGAUUGAAUAAUUUAAAAAUUCCAUCUCAGAAGAAGUCAGAGGGCCAUAGACUGUUGUGAUUAGACAGAAAUACUUCGCAUUCAAAUAUUUAGUAUCAGAAUGGUUGGGGAGAAUGUAUAGUGAUGUCAUUCCUGCAAGAGGGAUUUGACUGUAUAAAUGGAUUCCUUGUUCCCCUGUGAGGAUUUCUUGAAGAAGGAUCUCUGGCUCAGGAGAGCUAAAAACCUCUAGUGGAGAGAGAUGGAAUUAGGUUCUGCAGCAGGAAUUGGUAAACCUCCCCCCCACACACACACACCCCUCCUAUUUCACAGAGCCAAAUUACAUGUGACAUUGGAGUUGUGUGAUUUGGUCCCAAAAGUAGCUGCGGAAUACUAGAGAAGGAAAGGUUAACUUCUCUCCACCAUCUGUACACCAUUUGCUCAUCUGAAAAUAGCCUCACAGAGCUGCUUUUAGUCCAGAUAGGUACCCAUUGUGCCUUCCCUUAACAGAGCUUAAAGCAGCUGAGGAGGGUCAAUUCUACAUGUAGGAAUAGUCCAGGAUAAAGAACUAACCCCAGUUUCCUCAGUACCACAACCAAAGGGGGCCUCUUAAUCCCCCUCAUACUGGUAGUUGCGUUUUAGGGCCAAAUUACAACUCUGGAAUGCCAGUCACAUGUUUGUCACUCCUUGCCUUAAGGCACCUGGAAAAGAGAUACUGUAGGUGGUGUUUAGUCUACUGAUGGUCUAAAUUUUGGCCUGAAUAUUUCUUACUCUCCAGUGUGAUCCUAGUCAUAGAUCAUUCUCCUACCUAGGUCCAACUUCUUCUUGUCCUCCCCAGUUCUUCACAAGGGAGAAUGAAUGUUGAUGGCGCAAAGGCUGAAUCCAGGAGCUUUUUUCUACUGCAUUCUGAAAGAAGCACAUUGCCUAAUUGGAUGCUGCACUGCCUAUGCACUGACUGUAACUGAAAUGUCAUAGAUUGUGGGAAUAAGCCACAGAAUUUUAGCUUAGUUAAAAUCCUAACGUUCUUUGGUUAAAAUAUUCAGUGUAGGCAAGUGCAUUUAAAAUAUGAAGAUAUGUCCUUGGAAAUGGCAUUUACAGGAGAACUAGCAAAAUUAAUAAGAGAAAUGAAAAGAAAGUAUGGCAUAUGCUCUUAUGAUUAUCCCAGUUCUUUCACAGAGCUCUGCAAAACUCUAAUCCUAGUCCUAAAUGAUGCGACCCAUGAUACUUUCCAUGCAACUGAUUUCUAACAUUCCAAGCCUUCCGGCCUAUGUGCUUUUGUGGCAAAAAAAGAUGUAUUCCCAAACUGGAGGUAAUUAAAGGCCAUAGUUUGGAAGGGAAAUACUGUAUUUUCAGAACUAACUACAACAAGGCUGUGCCAUAUGUUAGUAAGUGGAAAUUACAUGUAUUAUUUGCAUAUUGCCUUUUCAUUCCAUUGCUGAUUAGAAUAAUAAUGUGUCUAGGAGAAUGUGGCAUGUAUACUGUGUGUGUGUAUGUUUGAGGUUUUAGUUGUAGUGGGGUAGAAUUUGAGGGCUGGCUGUGCAGGCCUUCAGAAGGGAAAUAAAAUAUAUUUUUAUAGACAGCCGUAUGAUUUUAGGUUUCAGUAGUGCUGUAUCAGCCGCUUACAGGAAUGUCAAACUGCAAGAGAGAAUAAAAGAGUGUGGCUGUACAAUAUGAGAAAGAUAGUUCAAUCAAUCCUAACAGCCCUGGAUGGAUUUAAUAAAUAAACAAAUAAAUAAAGAUGCCUUUGAAAUAUAUUUUUAGCUCUAAAAUAUUAGAUGGAGAAAUAUUUACAAGCAAACUUUCUAUGUAUUUGACAUUUGUGUAGUGCUUUGUAUUGAAAUAAUUGAUCUGUUGUAUGUUUCUAUCUCUUCUUAAUUGUUCUUGGGUUGUAGGGACAAGAAGUAGAUGAUGAAUAAUUUUUAUCCCAGAAAAAAAAUCUCUGUGGUGUGCAACUAUGUAUAAUGUUGGUGGCCUAAUGAAAAAUGUUGUGUUUGUAUACUUUCUGGUUGGCACAUGUGACUUUUAUCCAUUUUUGUAGUAAAGUUUACAUGCUAAACUGUGUAGGAAGAUGAUAAUAAAGUAAAUGAAUUAA